AUGGCACCAUGGACAUUAACUGGGCUCGAGAAGGGAGCUAAUUACGCAGUAGAAGGUAUUCGGCUUGUCAUUCAAAAUCCAAACCUACGCAAGCAACGUUUUAUCAAAGUGUUUAUUUAUUUAUCCAUUAUUUCAUUCAUCCUACUUGGCCUCAUCAACGUAUUGAUAUCCACACCCAUUCAUAUCCUCAGGUUUAUUCUGUUAAUAUUCAUGAGCGAUAAAGCUGGACGAAUUGAGGACAUCUUAAGCUCAGUCAAUCGAUUUAUCCGAGAAAUCAUGGCAGCUGUCCCUUUGUUAGCCAUCUUAUUUAUGCGAUAUGUUUAUCCUAAACCAUUAGAUGAAUUAUUCAUGGAAUCAUUACGAUUCCUUGAUGAGCUUCAUCCUAAUCGGCCUCCUUAUGCUGCAGUAUUGGGAAACCAAAAAUUGAAAAUAAACUACUGGAUUGAGAUGAAGGAAUACAUCAAGCGAACAUGGAAGAAAGUACGACUUGGUUUACUGCUCUUUCUUUUAUCAUUUGUACCCAUAGUUGGUCAAUUUGUAUUCCCACUUGCAGGUGCUUACACAUCAUACAAGGCUCUAGGCAAAACUCAAUCUGUAGCCGUUGGUAUCUUUUUCUUUUUUCUUCCUCGUUGGGCUACCAUGAAAUUGAUCAGAGCAUUGAUCGGUAUGCGAUCCUUGACACGUGAAUUACUCGAACCUUACUUUGUCAGGAUGCGCAUGUCACAUAAGGAAAAGCGCCGUUGGUUUAGUGGUAGAAAGGACAUCUUGUUUGGGUUUUCAGCUAUUGCUUAUAUUAUGGUAAAGACACCCAUCUUUGGAAUUAUCGGAUAUGGUAUUGCCCAGGCUGCUUCUGCUUACAUGCUUACAGUGGUUACAGAUCCACCAACAAAGGAAGAAUUAGAAGACAAAUCCAGUAGUAGUCCCUCGCCAAGUGAUAAAAAGGCAGAUUAA